AUGCCUUCAUCAUUACUGCUGAAUUUGAUCCUGUUGGCAGCCGUCUGCAUAGCAGCCCACGGCCAGCAGUUUCCAGAUACGGGGACGACGGCAGCUGAGAACUGGGAAAUUUUCAAGGCGAAUGGCGGGGAGGAAGUGGACGGCACCCUCUCUCUGGCUGCUCUGUUUGGAAGCCCAGAGCUGAGCGAACGCCACAUCAUGCUGCCCGGCGGGGACGAAUUGUCCACGGCCUGUCGUAUUGACAAGCGUCAGAACCUGCCCACAUUCACGGUCGAUUAUAAAAAGUUCAGGGCUAAGAGUUUUCUCGUCCAGUUGAUGAACAGCAUGUGUCAAGGAAUGAAGAAGAAUCAACAUUGCGUCACGAACCAGAUGAGACUCACCUACAAACCAUCAGAUGCCACGACAAACCGCAAGAACAUGUGUCCCGAUGUCGAUUCGCAGAAGUACUGCGCCUCCCAAGAUGUUGAGUGUGAUCCAGCACAACCAAAUAUGCUCUGCAACCCCUACGCAAACUACAUGACCCGCCCGAUCGCGUCGAUUAAGCAUGACCCAUUCCACUUGACCUGUGAUGAGUUCCCUUUCGCCAACUCUGCCCAAGGAGGAAAACCCGGAUCGGGUACUAGUAUCUGCAUUCCGGGCUGGCAAAACAGCUACCAAGGGGGCAAGAUAAACCAACUAAGUCGAAGGGUUGGUGCUGGAAAUGACUACAUUAUUGAAGUAACGGGAUGGGAUUGCGCGAAGGGAAGGCCCACCAAGUCGACGCAGUGCGGACGAGGGCAAACAAAGAGAGAUGAACUCCCAGGAAGCACCCUUAACGAAGAUGAUUUCUUCCACAACUUUACCGACGAUGGAAAGAAUGCUUUGAUGCUCUAUCUUGGUGAUGUCGAUGCCGGAACUUACAACUACACGCUCAACGUCGGCGCGGGCACAUUCAGUGAAGUCCGCGUGAUAGAUGCCCAAGGCGAAACAAUCGCCGAACUAGAGCGUGGAUUGAGCGCGGAUUCCCAGGCUCAUACAGUGACAUUUCAGAUUUCUGAAGAGGCUUUUGAGCUCGGACGGCGACUCAGCAGCUUCCGCAGGGAGCUGUUCAUUUACAGCAACUGGCUUUUUGGAGAGACUACUAUUAUUUCGUCGUACUACAGUUAG